AUGCUGAGCACUGAACACCCGUUUCAUAAAAAUAGUAAUAUACCCAAACUUUUGUGUUUACAGCGGCCAGGAUUCUCGAAGGGCUGGGCCUACCGCUUCCGUAAGCGCCACGAUAUUCGAUGCAUUCGGAAGCAAGGAGAAGCGGCAUCCGUAAAGCCGAGUAGCGUUGACGGCGGGCGCGCCAAGAUGCGUGAGAUCACGGAUCGGUACGAACUACCCGACAUCUACAAUUUGGACGAAACUUCCUUCUUCUACCAUGCAGAUGCCCCGCGGACUUUGUCAAGGAAAAAGAUGGUGGCCGGCUACAAAGCUGACAAGACUCAGCUGACAAUGGUUGUUGCCACGAACGCUGAUGGUAGUGACAAACAAUCGCUACUUUUUAUCGGCAAGAUGGCGCAGCCAAGGGCCAGCAAGAAGGCAUGGAUGAACACCCACAUCUUCCACGACUGGCUUCGAGAGCUUGACAUGUGCAUGCUCCUCGCGGGGCGCCGCAUUCUCCUCCUCGUGGACAACGUGAGCUCUCAUACAAGACCUUCGAUUCCGCUGUUCAACGUGCGCCUUGAAUUUCUUCCCAAGAACACGACCAGCGUGCUCCAACCGCUCGACCAGGGCAUCAUCACCUGCACCAAGAGUAAGUUCAUGCGCAUCAAAGUAGAAGACAGCGUCGACAAAUGCAUCGCAGGGAAGCCUCAGGUGAAGAUAUCCAUUCUGAUGGCUGUGGAGUAG